CCAUCAUAAUCUGAGUGUAGUCGAGACAGAUGAUUCGUCGUCCUUGUAUACGGCUGCUGCCGAUUUCACUGUGCCUAGAGGCAUCGAGCGUACCGCCUCCGGAAACCACCUGCGCAGCGGCCAUCCUGCAACAUCCGCUCGGAGGUUGACCUUGUCCUCCGAGGCUGCCACGGCAACCGAACAGGACGUUCAUUCAGGCUAUGGGCGUCAGAUGUCGCCAGCCGGGCUGCACCCACCUUCGGGGCACACCUCCCAACCGGCUCUAUCAAAUUCCAAUCAUGCUCAUCCACACACGCACAACUCGACGUCUACCGGCGUCAGUCCCGUCGUGCCGGGCUACCCAACGCACCAGAACCAACACUCGUUGCUUCUUCACCAGACGCCUCCGCAACAGACCCAGGCUCAGCAGACCGGCAGCGGCAGCGAAGAGACCGAGGCUGAGGAGAGAGGCGGUGUCGUCAAGCGACAGAAGAAACGAGGCAUAUUCCCCAAAGUGGCGACCAACAUUAUGCGCGCUUGGUUGUUCCAACAUCUCUCGGUGAGCCAACCACAGCUGGGCCCCACAAUGUUCGCAUUCGGCCUUCUUACUCUUCCUUUUUGUGGGGUU